CGUUAGCACGAAUCCAUCUCAGUCCAGGCUACAGAUUUUGAGUUUUUGACUGGCUGUUUUGGUUCGUUGCGGUCGAUUCCGCCCCCGUUAAGAUCGAUCGCUCAUUCAGAUCACCGUGCCCUUUUGAUUUUAUUGUUUUGGAUGUUUCUUGCUUGUUGUGGACGACGGUCAAACGCCAGUUAGUUAGUUAGGUUCCUCUGUAGUCUGUAGUCUGUAUCUGCAAACAUCCAAUCCAAUAUCUUGGUUCUCUCCUCUUUUGGGCGGACUCGCCGCUGGGCCUCCCUCCCUCCUCACAGUGUUCUGUUUAGCCUUCAGAGUUCAGAGGAAGCAGAGUCUUUUCUUUGGUCAUAUUUAGUUUGUUUUUCUUUCUUUUCCCCAUUUCUGUACGAUGAUUUCUGCGUGGCCAAUACCAAUCAGUUCUUAGUGAUGCUUACUUUGAAAGAAUGAAAGUACUAUAUAGGCAAUGUGUCAAUCGUGCCAGCUUUUCAGAAAAUAUAUUACUCCGUAGUAGCAUAGUAAACUGGCAUAGGGGAAGCUGCCACGGAGUUGCUGCUGCUAAUUGUUAUAUGCUUGCCUUUGUGCAAGCGCUUGGAUUUUCUCUUCAACUUGCUGAGUCUGUGGACGCCAUGUGGAUGCUGUCUUUUUCUCAACUUGUUAGUACUGCAAAGUCUUACGUAUCUACUAUUCUACUUGCUCUUUUUGCUGGUGGACGGAAUAUAUACUGCAGUACAUACUUGGGACUGAAUGAAUGCUUUUAAAGUCUGCAUAUAAAAUAUAUGGAUGGAUGUUGAGCGGUUUUGGAGUUGCUGCUAACUGUUGCCAUCGUAGUGAUCAUGAGUCGGCUGGUAGCAAGAUGAAGAUGGCUGUGUUUGUCGUGCUGCUCAUUUCGCUCUUAUCCGGUAUACCCUCUGAAGCUCUGAACGUGAGAGGCCAUCUGCUGAAAUCAAAGACGUUCCGUUCUCCGGCGUUCUCAUUGGGCCCUGGAUCAGUCUCAAACAAGUACUACCAUGAUAUUGACUUCCCCCGAGGCCACAUUGCUCUCAAGAGCUUUGAUGCGGAGGUCGUCGACGAGGAUGGCGUGCCUAUCCCGCUCCAUGAGACUUACCUGCAUCACUGGGUUGCAGAACCGUACUAUGCUCUCAAGAACAUUGGUGAGGCUGAUGAGAAGAAGGCUCCGGCGAUGAUGGCUAGGAAUGAUGGAGUGUGCAAGACCACACUAGGCCAGUACUUCGGGCUCGGCUCCGAGACUCGCCACACUGCCACAUGGGUCCCUGAUCCUUAUGGAAUAGAGAGUGGGAAUCCGAAGAAGGUCCCUGAAGGCUAUGAGGAGAAAUGGAUGCUCAAUAUUCACGCCAUCGACACGAGGGGCGUGGCUGACAAGCCUUCCUGCACCGAGUGCAAGUGCGAUUUCUACAACGUCACGGUCGAUGAGUACGGGCGAACGAUCUCAAAGAACUAUACUGGUGGGUUGUACUGCUGCUAUGACCAGACUCAGUGUCAGCUCAAGGAAGGGUUCAAUGGCGAGGUGCGGAAGCUGUUCUUGCAGUACACCGUGACGUGGCUCGACUGGACUGACGCGGUGCUGCCUGUCAAGAUUUACAUAUUUGACGUCACUGAUACCGCCAUGCUCGAUGGAAAUGCCGACCAUUCUUGCAAGGUUGAGUAUCAAGUCGAGGAGUGCAGCCCAGAAGAACGAGCCAACAAUGUGUGCACCCAUGUUAAGACUGCUAAAGCGGUCUUACCGCGUGGAGGAGAUAUCGUGUUCGGUGUUGCGCACCAGCACUCUGGUGGAAGCGGUGCUUCUUUGCAUGGUCAGGAUGGGCGCCUUCUAUGUGAAUCGCUUCCGACCUACGGCACAGGAAAGGAGGCAGGGAACGAGGCGAACUACAUCGUCGGCAUGUCGACUUGCUACCCGAAGCCAGGAUCCGUCAAGGUCAGCGACGGUGAGGUUCUGACCCAGGUCUCCAACUACAGCAGCGACCGCCAGCACACUGGCGUCAUGGGCCUGUUCUACAUCCUUGUCGCCGAGCCGCAGCAGCAGACAGCUCCCGAGCCAGCCCUGUGCUUCAGUUUCCCAGUUCCAUGGUGCUUACCGGCAUGGAUGUCCAGCAACAUGUGAAGAGUAGAUCAUCGUCUAUCUUCUUCCCUAAUGUAGUGCAAUACAAUGAACAAGAUUAGCUGGGUUUCUGUCAUAGCUGAUAUACAGCAGCAGUUCAGUGAGUUGCAGGUUGUGUCAUUAUAGGUUUGAUGAACCAUCAGUUUUUCUUGGCCCCUGUAGUGUAGUAAUUACAGUACUACUGUACUAGCAUAUGAAGCUGAGUUGUAUGAGUUCAUCAUUAGCAGAAGCCAGAAGGGAAACCAGUCACCUGAUAGUGCUAGACACAGGCUCUCCAGAACCAAAUGUACUACAAUCUCUCUUGUACAAAUACAUUUGCAGUUUUAUAAUAAUAAUAACUGGUAUAAUUCUGCAGAAA